UUUUUAAAUUUUGUUUUAUUUUACUAUGAUAUCUAAAAAAGCUAAACAAUGAUCAAUGAUGCGGCUCACUGCCUCCUCCUCAUAUGUGAUAAAAGUUAUUUCCUAUUAUUUUACUACUUCUGAUGCAGUUCUCUUGCUUUGCCUCACCACUCAUUUCCUCGUAACUGUUAUUUAGAGAAGGAAUGUAUAAUGAGGAAGGAGUAUAAAAAUAAAGGGGAAGGACCAGUGUUUAGGUAACAUACAACAGACAUUCAAGAAACGCUUCAGACCGACCGACUGUAGAAGUGAAAUAACCAGCUAGAGUUUAAUAAUCUGACCAAGGAGCAGCAAGACCAACAUGAUGAAGAUCUUUCUGCUCCUCCUCUCACUGAUGGCAGAUGGCUGCCAGGGAUUUCUUCAAACUGCGUACAGAACGGCUAAAACCACCAUCACAUGUGAUUAUCCAGGAAACAAACACAGGUCCAGUGUCAAGUUUCUCUGCAGAGAGAAUAAUUUCACUUGUGAGGAGAUUUUAUCAACAAGCUCUUCUGUAAAGUCAAACGGGACAUUCACUCUCACAGGAACCAACAGAGGAUUCAGUGUGUCCAUCAGUAAUGUGUCCUCACAUGAUGCUGGUCUCUACUGGUGUGGAGUGAAUAAAGGAAAUUACCAAACUGGACUCAGAAAAAUCCAACUGGAGGUUGAAGAUAUUAGGACAUUCACAAAGUCUCCAACUAUUGGACAGAAUUUUACAUACUGGUGUGAAUAUACAAAUGGUGCUCCGAUAAAGAAAUUCAUCUGUAAGGGAGAAGAUCCAUCUAUAUGUCAACCUCUAGUAAACACUGCACAGCGCAACAUGAACAACGGAAAGUUUUCCAUGAAGGAAGACAAAUUAAAGAGAAAUGUAACCAUAACAGUGAGAGAAGUAACAGCAGACGACAGUGGGACAUACUGGUGUGGAGCAGAAAGCACUGACAGAAGACGCAGUAACACAUUCUUCCACAGAUGCUUGUUGACUGUAGUGUCUCCAACCACAUCGACACCCUCUAUUACUUCAUCAACAUCCGAUCAUCCUGUUGCUACAUUGUCGGUUGCUUCAACCCAAUCAACCGUUGCACCUGCUGAGAGUGGUGGUAGCUCUGUGUUAACUGUCACCAUUGUUGUGGUCAUCUGUGUCGUUGUGCUGGCGCUGUUGCUCAUUGUGCUUUUUUUCUACAAAGGACUGUGUUUACAAACCACAAGAAACGGAGAAGCAAAGAACAACAAAGAGGAUCGUACCUAUGAGGAGAUACAGGAGCUCCCCCAGAAGCCAGACUCAGGAACUGCACUUAAAACUAUUUAUGUCACUGCCAACUUUCCCACAAACCCCUCUUCUGCCCCACAUCAUCACUCCAACAUCAACUUUCAGAGCAGCUCUGGUGACGUUGGUGGUAACACAUAUUUUACUGUGAACGACGGUGAUCAACAUCCCACCUACUCAACGGUCAACCACCCAUCCAGAUCUUCUGCAGACCCUUUCUAUUCUACUGUCAACAAGCCACAGUGAGGAAGGUCCUGGCAGUUUUCACCUCGUUCAUUUGUGAUGGGAUUUGUUUUUUAGUAUUCAAACAAUACACAGACUUUAGAAAUUACAUUACUCUGGGCCCUGAAGUAACAUGAAUGUGUCGGUCCUGGUUGAACUGGUCCAUAUUGAGGGUAAGGUUAGAUACAAUUACAGGAAUAUGAAAAUGUAAAGUUUGAGGACUCGUGGUUUUGAAUUAAAGACUAUUUGGAAAAAGCAUGGAUUUAACCCUGAAACCAAAAAUGUUAACACUCUUGAUUUAUCUUAUAUUAUCAUGAGUAAAGUCAGUUUAUUUACAUAAAUUAUGGCCGUGCCAUGUAUUUACCUGUUUUAAUGGAUCUCUUUAAUCUCAAAUACUGAAUGCUACAAGAAUAUUGUGAAUCAAAUAUAAACAUUUUAGAUUAAAGUAAUAACCAGUCAGUACGUCAACAAUUUGCACUUUUACUGCUGUUGGUUUUUUAAACAUUGAUACCAAACAUCACCCGCAGACUGAUACUAAUGUAAUUUAUAUUCUGUAUAUACAGUUUAUUCUAUGUGCAAUAUGUUAUGCAUCAGUUGUUGUUUUAUUGUGUAAAAACAAAUCUUUUUGAAAUGUUCCUUUUUUACUAAAAUACUGCAUUUGUACAAUGUGUCACUUUUUUCUUUUGGAUUUUAAAUAACACUGUAUUUGAUUAACAAAAAUAGUUCAUAUAGUGAUAUUAAAAAAGGUUUACCUUU